AUGGGUCUUAUUAUUAGUCGAUUAUAUGAUGCAUUAUUAUCAUUUUCUUAUGAAACACCUUCUCGUAUUCUGAUGCUUGGUCUUGAUGCAGCUGGAAAAACAACUAUUUUAUAUAAAGUAAAACUUAAUGAAACUGUUCAAACUAUUCCAACGAUUGGAUUUAAUGUUGAAACAGUAACACCUGCACCUGGUAUUACAUUUACAGUAUGGGAUAUAGGUGGACAAGAUAAAAUUCGUCCAUUAUAUAGACAUUAUUUUGAUAAAACCGAUGGUCUUAUUUUUGUUGUUGAUUCAUCAGAUCCAGAACGAUUUCAAGAAGCACGUGAAGAACUGUUUGGUAUUAUUACAAAUGAAAAUAUGUGUUCAGUACCCGUUGUUAUUAUAGCUAAUAAAUCAGAUUUACCAACAGCUGUUAAACCAAGUGAACUUAUUGAACAACUUAAUCUUCAUUCGAUUUCAAGACGAAAAUGGUUUAUUCAAUCAGCUUGUGCUAUUACUGGUGAUGGUAUUGUCGAAGCAAUGCAACAAUUAGCACAAAUGAUAAAAGAUAAUAGAAAAAAAAUAACUUAUAACUAA